AUAUCCCGUCUCUCCCCUUAAUAUUUACUUCCCCAUUUUUCUCUCUUUUCAUCUCACUCUCUUCUUCCACCACAUCACCACCGUCCAUGGCGGCCGGAAUCUCGGCGGCCUCCAGCUCCACCUCAUUCUCUCUGGGCCGCAACCCAUUUCUCGGGCCCAACCCCAUUUGGCUCUUCGCUCCAUCCGUCCGAAAACUAAACCCGUCUCUUCGGUUCAAACAAAAGAGCUUAACCACUGUUUGUUUUGUGGUGGAGCCCCGAAAUGAUAGCUCGGGUAAGCCCGAAAAUAACGCCGACCGAGAUGAAGUGAGUCGCGAGGAGAUUGAGGCGGGGAGUUGUUCCGUACGAGUUGAGGAGAGAAGAGCGAGGAAGAAGUCGGAGAGGUUUACGUAUUUGGUGGCGGCGGUUAUGUCGAGUCUUGGCAUUACUUCUAUGGCUGUCUUGGCGGUUUAUUACAGAUUCUCUUGGCAAAUGGAGGGUGGCGAAAUUCCGUAUUCGGAGAUGAUUGGUACAUUCGCUCUUUCUGUUGGUGCUGCUGUGGGGAUGGAAUUUUGGGCGAGAUGGGCACAUGAAGCCUUGUGGCAUGCUUCUUUGUGGCAUAUGCACGAGUCACACCAUAAACCGAGAGAAGGAGCAUUUGAGCUGAAUGAUGUAUUUGCAAUAAUGAACGCUGUUCCUGCAAUAGCUUUGCUAGCUUAUGGUUUCUUCCACAAAGGCUAUUUUCCAGGUCUCUGUUUUGGUGCGGGCCUGGGAAUCACAGUAUUUGGAAUCGCUUACAUGUUUGUCCACGAUGGUCUUGUUCAUAAACGAUUUCCGGUAGGUCCCAUCGCCGAUGUCCCUUACUUCAGAAAAGUUGCUGCUGCUCAUCAGCUGCACCACAUGGAAAAGUUCAAAGGAGUCCCAUAUGGGUUGUUUUUGGGUCCUAAGGAAGUUGAGGAUGUGGGAGGACACGAAGCGUUAGAAUUGGAGAUCAACAGAAGAAUCAAGUCAUCUGCUUCCAGAGCUAGCCGAUCAUAGGUUGUAUAUAAUAAAACAGAUUAAUAUUAUGUUAUCAAAAGUUUCUCAGUGUAUUAAUUUUUGUCUGCUAGAAAGGUCAUUAGGAAUGAGAACGUAAAGGAAAAAUGAGGAUGAAAUAUCAGAACCCCGGCCCUGGGGAACUCAGGUGAUGUUAAACAUGUACUUAAGCUUUAGUUAUGGAUUCUCCUAAGGUAUGAAGUUGAUUUAUUGUAU